AUGACGGACGGCGAGAUAGAGCCUUCACAGGGGGAAAACAUCGAUUUUGACGAGGGUAUUGAUGAAUUCGAUGAUAAUCAAGAAGGACCAGUAGAUAAUGAAGCACUGUUCGGAACUGGGGAGCAAAAUGAUAGCCAGGCAUCACAAAAUGAAAAUGCGGACAAUAAGUCUAGUAAACCAUUUGUAAUUCCAGAAUUCACUAGAAAGGACAAGACGCUGAACGAUAUAUUAGAUAUUGUAGAGGAUAAUCCACCAAUCAUACCAGAUGGAGUAAUAGACUACUAUCUGACGAAAAAUGGUUUCAACUGUGCUGACGUCAGGGUUAAAAGGUUAUUGGCGUUGGCAACGCAGAAGUUUGUGAGCGAUAUUGCAGCAGAUGCAUAUGAGUACUCAAGAAUAAGGUCGUCGGUAGCAGUGAACAAUGCAAAUAAUGGACAAGCAAGAGCAAGACAACUUAUGCAGGGGCAGCAACAGCCUGGACAACAACAGAUAUCACAACAGCAACAGCAACAAAAUGAGAAAACUAAUGCGAGCAAAGUCGUGUUGACUGUGAACGAUCUGAGCAGCGCUGUAGCAGAAUACGGUCUCAAUAUUAGUCGCCCGGACUUCUAUCGUUGA